UGUGGGAAACACUAGAGGGCGCGGCAGUGACUGCUUAUCCUAGAGGCUGAUGGGUGAAUCCCCAUUAGUAGGAUUGGAUGAAUCAUGGCUGCUGCAGAUGGGGGUGGAGUUUUGUUUUGUUGACCCCCAGAGAAAGACUACGGGAUGCUUAGCAUAAGCAAUAUAAAAUAACUGCAGAUUUUAAUAUUAAAUAGCGCUUAUUUGCUGCCGUGGCAGGGAUGGAGUACAUCAGGACCCCGAAGGUUGAAAAUGUCCGUCUUAUUGAUCGAAUAACUUCUAGGAAGGCAACCAUUGGUACUUUGUAUCUCACAGCCACGCAUGUCAUUUUUGUGGAAAAUGCAUCCGAGGCUCGUAAGGAAACUUGGGUUUUGCACAGUCAAAUAAGCUCUGUUGAAAAGCAACCUACUACGGCUACUGGCUGCCCACUUCUUAUUCGCUGCAAGAACUACCAAUUGAUUCAGCUUAUAAUUCCUCAGGAAAGAGACAGCCAUGAUGUCUACAUUUCCUUGGUACGACUGUCACGGCCAGUCAGGUAUGAAGAGCUUUACUGUUUCUCAUUCAACCCAAAGCUGGACAAAGAAGAAAGAGAGGCAGGCUGGAAGCUGAUAGACCUCAGAGCAGAAUAUAGCCGCAUGGGUAUCCCGAACAGCCUGUGGCAAGUCACUGACGCAAAUCGAGACUACAGGGUAUGUGACACCUACCCGACAGAGCUUCACAUUCCCAAGUCAGCAAGUGUACCAGUCGUCGUAGGAAGCUCAAAGUUCAGGAGCAAAGGCCGCUUCCCAGUCCUCUCUUAUUACCACCAGGAUAACAAUGCCUCAAUAUGCAGAAGUAGCCAGCCUUUAUCAGGCUUCAGUGCUCGUUGCCUUGAAGAUGAACAGCUGCUGCAGGCCAUUAGGAAGGCAAACCCAGGAAGUGAUUUCCUAUAUGUGGUGGACACGAGGCCUAAACUGAAUGCAAUGGCAAACCGAGCAGCUGGUAAAGGCUAUGAAAAUGAAGAUAACUAUUCGAACAUCAAGUUCCAGUUCAUAGGUAUUGAGAAUAUUCACGUCAUGCGGAACAGCCUCCAGAAAAUGUUGGAAGUAUGUGAGCUUCGGUCCCCUUCGAUGAAUGAUUUUCAAUGGGGUCUUGAAAACUCUGGCUGGCUUAAACACAUCAAAUCCAUCUUAGAUGCAGGGAUUUUUAUUGCAAAGGCUGUGGCUGAAGAAGGGACCAGUGUCCUUGUUCACUGCUCUGAUGGUUGGGAUAGAACAGCCCAAGUGUGUUCUGUGGCAAGCCUUCUCCUGGAUCCUUAUUAUCGAACGCUCAAAGGGUUCAUGGUGCUAAUUGAAAAAGAUUGGGUUUCUUUUGGUCAUAAAUUUAAUCACAGGUAUUCUCAUUUAGAUGGUGAUCCAAAAGAAGUGUCUCCAGUUAUUGAUCAAUUCCUAGAGUGUACCUGGCAGCUGAUGGAACAAUUCCCAUGUGCAUUUGAGUUUAAUGAGCGGUUCCUACUUCAUGUUCAGCAUCAUGUGUACUCCUGCCAGUUUGGUAACUUUAUCUGUAACAAUCAAAAAGAAAGUAAAGAGAUGAGCAUUCAGGAGAAAACCUUUUCACUUUGGGCAAACUUGUGGAAAAACAGGGCAGACUACAUGAAUCCUCUUUACAGACCAGACCACAGCCAAACUCAAGGUGUACUGAGACCGGAUACCACACCUUAUAAUUUCAAGUUCUGGAGAGGUAUGUAUAAUCGCUUUGAAAAGGGAAUACACCCCCGUCAGUCCGUAACAGAUUUCCUCAUGGCUGUAAAGGAAGAAACACAGCAAUUGAUGGAUGAGAUGGAGAUGUUAGAGGAGAAAUUAGCCAAAUUUCAAAAAUUAGACUUAAAUAGUACCAAGAUGAAGACCAAACCUCAUGCCAGAUUGAAACACUUUGAACUUUCUAUCUCUGACAACUGCAUAGCCAAUACACCUCAAGACUACAGCGGAAAUUUGGAAUCCUUCUCUUCUCGCAGCCUUUCCCAGAUAUAUGAUGAAGACACUACCUUGAUGCUGAUCAAAGAAAACUUAAAGAUAUCAGAUCCUGACCUUUCAGCUAACAGUGACCAGGAAUCAGGAGUGGCAGACUUAAGCUGCAGGUCGCCAAAUGGUGGUGACUCCUUACCUAGUGAAGACAGUGGCAAAGAGCCAGAUUCUGAUGAAGCGACCUUCGUUGCUGCUUGACACAGUGACAGUGGACAUUGCUGAGCUGACUGCUGAUUGAGAAGCAUUCCAAAUAAAGGGGAGUUGUGCAAUUACAGUAUCUCAUGUCCAAAGGAGUAUAGUUACGUGCUGUUGUAUAACAAGAAGCAACUGUGGUGGAAUGAAUCACAGUAGCGAUUACCUUCCUUUAAGUUUCGGGAACAAGAAUGGUGGCAGAUUACAGCUUGUUAAGUCUGAAGUCGGUAUAUGACAGAGGGUUUUGUGUAAACCAGGACUGGAACAAUAGAAAGCUGUUUGUUUCCUCAAAAUAAGUUCUUUUUACUAAAUGUUUCUCCCCCCCCCCCCCCCCCAAUGAUAUAAACAUAAUUUCAAUAACAAAAUAAGAAACACGGUACCUUUGCUGUUAGCAUACAUCUCAAGGAUAAUUUAAGUCUGACAUAAUGAACAGAUUUGGUAAGGUUAUUUAUUUAUUUUCCUGAGUCAGAUUGUUGUGCAGCUGAUCCAAAUAGUAUGAUAAGUCUGAGAUCAUACUUGCUAACCUACAGAUGCAUGAUAUACAAAAAAGUAGUAGGAUAAUUGAACAAAAUAAGAAUUGUAUACAUUCUGUGUACUUGUUUGUAGACUGAAUCAUUCAUAUGUUUGCAUUUCUUCAUUUUUUAUUUCUUUUAUUUCCUUAAUGUACUGUCCCAAAUUAAUGAUGUUUACAUUUCCAGUUUUGUUAACUUACUAGGAGAGGUGAUGGUUCUCCCUUUGUAUAUCUUGUUGUAUUUUAUUCUGUUUUUGAUUGUAUUCAUUUUUGUACCUGUAUUGUGCAGAAUCUUUGGCUCAUUUGCUUGUAGAGGUCCAGUAGUUGGGUCAGUUGCGAUUUUUAUGUGGUUUCUGCAAAUGUGUACAGUUAUGAUAUAACCUAAAAAUUAAGUAGGAUUAACAGAGAUAACUUUCUGAUCUCAGGAAUCAUUCUGCAUAAUGGAAAUUGAGCCCCAGCAGUGGAAAAAUUGGGAAGUAUUAUGUUAGAGCAAAGGAUCUGGAAACACAAAGGAACAUUGGGCAUUGUCUGAGCAGAUUGCAGUUUUGUGCCUGUUCAGUUGCAUGUGAGAUAUUAAUGGAGACUGCUGCUUAUAAAUCUUUUUCUAUAUAUAUGUAUCACAACACCUUUGCACAUUAUUGUUGGGCAUCAUUUGUUUGUCUUUUUUUUGCUGUAGUAAGAUUGACUAGCUGCCUUCUGAAUCUUUCUUUGGGUGGACUCAGAUCCACUCAUGGCCAUACUGUUCUCCCCCUCCUGCAUGUAUUCAGUAUUGAUUCUCCCCACCUCCUCACCCCUGUGCUUUACGUUAAAGAAGAAAGGACUGCCAUAUUUGUAUAGACACAUGCACACCAGUACCAAAGUCCACAGAUGAGUGGAUGAACUUGAGGAUUAGGAUAAUGAUCCAGAUAUCUUACAACAUGCUUGUAGAGUUAACAUUUCUAUUUUUGUUCCUUCAUUUUAGUCUACCACUGUAUGCAGAUCAAGGCACUGUAAGCAUCCCUGAUCUUUUAAAGCCUCUACCAUGAGACAGUAGUUUGAAGGGACUCUGAGGGUGAGUGGGGAGUGGUCCUACAGUGGUCAGUUCUGUCUCUUCUUUGAACUUAGAAUGUCGGAGUGGCAGGAUACCAGAUAUGCUGCCUGAGCCCAGCAGUUCUUGUACCUUUGCCAUAGUCUUCCUCUUGUAGAGUGAUAAGUAAAUUUAUUAGCUGAGUUACUUGCUGUUUUACUUAUUUGUGUAGCAAACUCAAUAAGAGGGGCUCUGAGGAGAGCAAUGUUGAUAGCCCAGUUAGAAGGUGAAACCUGCACAUGCAAAUUUGUAAUUUCUGUUCUGUAUGUUUAAAUAAAUGCACUAAUUUGCAUUGCUGUCUGAGUCUAGGUCAGGUGCAUGUCAAAAACGGAUCACUUAAUUUCCAGAAGUUUAUGCACAUAGUAACAGAAAUGUUAGUCUUUGAUUCCGAACAUUUUCAAAACCAUCUUUGUAUAACUGCAGCCUUUUUCACUUUUUAACUCAUUUUGUAGACUAGUUAAGCAUAUGCUUAUGCUUUGGAAAUCUGUGUAUUUUACAAAAGUCGUGGAGUAUGAAUAAUAAAACUAUACCUGCUUUUUGUGCAAGUAUGUCAGCAGGGAUUGUCCUCCUCCCCUUCUCUCCAAAUGUUAGUGUUCACAGCUCUCACUAACCUUCCUCGCCAUGUUUGCAUGGCAUAGUCCACUCACUCGAUGUAAAAUUUAAAGUAGCCAUGGCAAAGAACUGUGGGGGGAAGAAAUUGGUUGGUAGUAUCUCUGAUAUUAAUAAAUGCAUAAAGCAGCAAGGUAACAGUUCUAGAAAAA